AUGGCGGCGCCCAUGGUGACUGGCUGGCCCGUGUUCUGAACGUGGAAAAAGAGGCCUAGAGCAGUCGCAGGCGAGAGCCUGUGAGCAGGGCCUCCCCGCUUCGGAAGAUGGCUUCUGCUUGGCAGAGACUGGCCUUGCGUGCCUCUCUUCUGAACAGCCAGCUGAGCGGUGUGCUGGGUGUCAUCAGGUGGGCAAGGAGAGUGAGGAGCAUUUACAGUGCCACGGGAAAGUGGACGAAAGAGUAUACGCUGCAGACGAGGAAGGACGUCGAGAAAUGGUGGCACCCACGAAUAAAGGCCCAGGCCUCCGACACUUUGGAAGCCGAUAAAUCGAAGCCCAAGUUUUACAUGCUCUCCAUGUUCCCUUACCCCUCUGGCAAGCUGCACAUGGGUCACGUGCGUGUCUACACCAUCAGCGACGCCAUCGCACGCUUCCAGAAGAUGAGAGGCAUGCAGGUCAUCAACCCCAUGGGAUGGGAUGCCUUCGGACUGCCUGCCGAAAAUGCCGCCAUCGAGAGGAACCUCCAUCCGGAGAGCUGGACACGGAGUAACAUCAAGCACAUGAGGGGGCAGCUCGACCGCCUAGGCCUGUGUUUCAGCUGGGAUCGGGAAAUAACGACGUGCUUGCCAGAUUACUACAAAUGGACUCAGUUCCUCUUUAUUAAACUCCACGAAGCGGGGCUGGCCUAUCAGAAGGAGGCCAUGGUUAACUGGGACCCAGUGGACCAAACAGUGCUUGCCAAUGAGCAGGUGGAUGAACAUGGCUGUUCGUGGCGUUCUGGAGCUAAGGUGGAACAGAAGUACCUCAAACAGUGGUUUAUUAAGACAACCGCCUACGCAAAGGCCCUGCAGGAGGCGCUGGCGGACCUCCCAGACUGGUGUGGGAUAAAAGGCAUGCAGGCGCACUGGAUCGGGGACUGCGUGGGCUGCCACCUGGACUUCAGACUGAAGCUUGGUGAGCACGCCACGGGGGAGAAGCUGACGGCCUACACAGCCACCCCUGAGGCCGUCUAUGGCGCGUCCCACGUGGCCAUCUCUCCCAGCCACGCGCUCCUCCACGGCGGCAGCCCUCUGAAGGAAGCCUUGCGGCAGGCGCUGGUCCCGGGCCAAGAUUGCCUCACGCCGGUGGUGGCUGUGAACAUGCUCACCCAGCAGGAGGUCCCCGUCGUCAUCGCCAGUGCUGACUUGGAAGGCUCCCCGGAUGCCAGGAUAGGGAUCCCCAGCACCAGCUCCGAGGACGCCCUCCUGGCCCAAACCCUGGGCCUGGCCUAUGCUGACGUCAUCGAAACGCUACCCGACGGCACCGAGAGGCUGAGCAGCUCUGCCGAGUUCACAGGCAUGGCCCGGCAGGACGCGUUUGCAGCCCUGACUCAGAAAGCCCGGGAGAAGCGCGUGGGGGGGCACGUGACCAGUAGCAAGCUGAGAGACUGGCUGAUCUCGCGGCAGCGGUACUGGGGCACGCCGAUCCCCGUCGUCCACUGCCCCGCCUGCGGCCCCGUGCCCGUGCCCCUGGAGGACCUGCCUGUCACCUUGCCCAGCAUCACGGCCUUCACCGGCAGAGGUGGCUCCCCGCUGGCCACGGCCUCGGAGUGGGUGCACUGCUCCUGCCCCAGGUGCCAGGGGGCCGCCCGGCGGGAGACGGACACGAUGGACACCUUCGUGGACUCCGCGUGGUACUACCUGAGGUUCACAGACCCCCGCAACGCUCACAGCCCCUUCAGCCCCGCGUCGGCGGAUUACUGGAUGCCCGUGGACCUGUACGUCGGGGGGAAGGAGCACGCGGUCAUGCACCUCUUCUACGCCAGGUUCCUCAGUCAUUUCUGCCACGACCGGAAGAUGCUCAGACACAGGGAGCCCUUCCGCAAGCUGCUGGCCCAGGGCCUCAUCAAGGGGCAGACGUUCCGCCUUCCGUCCGGACAGUACCUCCCGCGGGAGCAGGUCGAUUUCACGGGUCCCGUCCCUGUCCACGCAGAGACGAGGGCGGAGCUGGAGGUCACUUGGGAGAAGAUGAGCAAGUCCAAGCACAAUGGGGUGGACCCCGAGGCCAUGGUGGGGCAGUACGGCAUCGACACGGUCCGGCUCUUCCUGCUCUUCGCCGCCCCUCCCGAGAAGGACCUCCUGUGGGACCUGCAGACGGACGCGCUCCCUGGGGUGCUGAGAUGGCAGCAGCGUCUGUGGUCCUUGGCAACCCGAUUCAUUGAGGCCCGGGCUUCUGACUCGUGUCCCCAGCCCCAGCUGCUGAGUGAGGAGGACAACGCCAAGGCCAGGAAGCUGUGGGAGUACAAGAACUCGGUCGUCUCUCAGGUGACCGCCAGCUUCACUGAGGACUUCUCGCUUAACUCUGCCAUUUCUCAGCUGAUGGGCCUCAGCAGUGCCCUCCUGCAAGCCCCCCAGGCCGUCGUCCAGCACAGCCCCGAGUUCGAGGAUGCACUGUGCGCGCUGGUGGUGAUGGCUGCUCCACUGGCACCCCACAUCGCCUCGGAGCUCUGGGCAGGCCUGGCGCUGGUGCCGAGGAAGCUGUGCACCCACUACGCCUGGGACGCGGGCGUGCUACUCCAGGCCUGGCCGGCCGUGGACCCGCAGUUCUUCCAGCAGCCUGACGUCGUGGAGGUGGCGGUCCUGAUCAACAACAAAGCCUGCGGCAAAGUCCCCGUGCCCCAGCAAGUCUCCCGGGACCAGGACAAAGUCCACGAACUUGUUCUGCAGAGCGAACUGGGGGCCAGGCUCCUGCAAGGGCGAAGCAUCAAGAAAGCCUUCCUCUCCCCCAGGACGGCCCUCAUCAACUUCCUGGUGCAGGAGUGACGGGGGCAGCGGCCACUACUGGGCUCAGGAACCUCCUUCAGGCCCGGCGCAGGGAGGAGCCUGCUGGCCCAGGGGAGGGAAGGUGUGAGCAUCUGAAGCUGGGGCAGGCUGCAGCCUCCAGCCUGGCUCUGCACUGGGGCCAGGGCAGGGGCGAGGAAGGGCGGGGUGGGUGGGGAGAAGCCCUGCCCCUGGGACAGCAGGAGGAGGGGCUCUGGCAGCCCGGGCGCUUCCGGUCACAGCACCGGGUCCCCAGGCCAUGAGGCUGGCCCAGGCCCUGCACAGGAGUGGGACCGAGAGGCAGCCACUUGGAACCAGGCCUCGGAUCUAGGCGGUGCUCCCUCGCCCUCAGACCAGGCCACCUCGCCGCCCUUAGGUGUCCCGUGUGUGGACCCUGCAUCUUCAGGAUUGCUCUGAGCCCAAGGAGCCUGGGACUGGAGGGUGGGCCUGGGCCUCCUGCCGUCUGCCCACCCCUCCACUCGCCUGUGCCCUCUGAUGAGAGCCGAGCCCCACAUGCUGCCCAGCAGGAAGGGGGAGCGGCGGUGUAACCACUCCGCACGGCGAAGCAAGGCUGGCCCUGGGCUGCUGGACCCCAUCAACCUCGGGUGUGGUCCCUGCAGCUCUGUUACCAGGCCGUUUUAUAAAUGGAAUCAACUGCC